AUGAGGUUUGAGGACGUCCUUCAUGAAAUUGGUGGCUUCAACAAGUUCCAGUUUCUGGUUCUAUACAUCCUAUGGCUCCCACGCGUCAUCCUCCCACUGCACUUCCUGCUCCACAACUUCAUCUCAGGUGUGCCACCCCACAACUGUGCCCUGCCUCACUUGGAUGACCGGUACGCAGCUGGCACAAAGGACAGCACUGAGGUGUCUGCACAGAUUCUGGCACUUGGCAUCCCACGUAAUGCAGAUGGGUCCUACAGCUCCUGCAAGAUGUACCCCCUUCCUCUGGACUUUGACCCUAAUGCUGACCUCUCCCUAGUGUAUGGAAACCGAUCAAAUGUGUCGGUGCCAUGCCAAUAUGGAUGGGUAUAUGACCGCUCACAGUUCACCUCAACAACCGCAACUGAGUGGGAUUUGGUAUGUGACAGCAAAAAGCUAAACCAAGCCCUUGCCACGUUUUUCUUCAUUGGAGUGACAAUCGGUGCUGUCUUGUUUGGCCAGUUGGCAGAUAAGUUUGGCCGUAAGCCGAUGAUUCAGGUUUCCUUUGUGGCCAGUUCUAUUUUUGGAAUUGUUGAAGCUUUUUCUACAUCUUACGUGAUGUUCGCCAUAGCAAGAACCUUGUGUGGACUGGCCCUGACUGGGAUGUCUAUCACCACAAUCGCCCUGUGUGUUGAGUGGACAGACGUUAAACAUCGCACAUUUACAGGUACCAUCAUUAGUAUCGGGUGGAGUGUAGGGAACAUGCUUUUGGCUCUUCUGGCAUAUCUCAUCAGGGACUGGAGGCACCUCAUCCUGGUAGUGACUUCACCUUGCCUUGUGGGCAUAAUUGCCUGGUGGUGGAUUCCUGAGUCAGCAAGAUGGCUGCUAGCCAAUGGCAGGGUGGAUGAGGCACAGAAGUAUCUCAUUCAGUGUGCUAAAAUGAAUGGAAAGCACACUCAUAAACUAGACACUGAGACCUUAAAGAAAAUCACUGUUAGUGAGGUCUCCAACAAGAAUCAUUCCUACCUCGAUCUAGUGAGGACACCGAAACUGAGGAAGAUUGUGUUUUUCUCAGGGAUUUUCUGGUUUGCAGUUGCUUUUACCUACUAUGGCAUCAGCUUCAACAUCACUGGGUUUGGUCUGAACAUCUAUCUCACGCAGUUUGUCUAUGGAGUUAUUGAAGUCCCAGCUAAGGUCGGGACCUACCUCACUCUAGAUUGGAUCGGACGCAGAAAUGGCCAGGCAUGGUCUCUCAUUAUAGCAGGAGCUCUGAUUGGACUAAACAGUAUAAUUCCAACAGAGUUUUCUGCUGUGCGGACAGGGAUUGCAGUUAUUGGGAAGGGAUUCUCUGAGGCAGCAUUUACCAUUGCCUUCUUGUACACAUCUGAGCUUUACCCUACUGUACUCCGGCAGUGCGGCUUGGGCUACACCUCUUUUAUAGCACGUCUUGGAGGUUCGCUGGCUCCCAUGGUCAUAUUAUUGGAGGACAUGUGGCGCUUUGCACCCUCUCUAGUGUUUGCUACCACUGCAGUUCUCAGUGGAUGUGUGGUCUUCCUUCUGCCUGAGACCACGAAUGUUCAGCUUCCAGAAAAUGUUCUGGAUAUAGAGGAGGGCAGGCACACAAUGACCACGGAAUCAGAGAGGGAUGUUGAACUGAAUGAGAUGAAUCCAGCACCUGCAAAUUUAUAA